UUAACCUUUAUUUUUUUUUAUUGACUAUAAUUUAGAGAUGUGUGUUUUUGCAGUCUGGCUGUUUUUGGGAAUCCUUGUCUUUGCACCGUACUUCCAGUGCUUGGAGUGUCCUUUUGGCUGUGAGUGCUUUGCUGUCAGUCGCACAGUGAAAUGUGUUUCUAAGGAUCUGCUCACGGUGCCACAAAGUAUUCCAGGAUCUGCAAAGACUGUCAUCAUUACAGGGAAUAAUAUUCACAAGGUUGGACCUGAUUCCUUUACAGAGCUGGAGAAUGUCAGCAACAUCAUUUUAAGCAAUAAUAGGAUUACAGAGAUGAUGUCCCACAGCUUCUCUUCCCUCAUCAACCUGCGCUUCCUGGACCUCAGUGAGAACCAACUAACCCUCAUCCAUCCAGAAGCUCUCAGCAUACCUGGCAGUCCCCUUCAGGAGCUUAACCUGAGCCGCUCGCUGCACAACUUCAUCGCCCUUACAGACCUCACCACUGCUCUACGCUGGGGUGGUCUCGGGGGGCUCCUCCGCCUCGACCUCUCUGGGAACCACCUCGCCCUGCUGCCCCCGGGCAUGUUCUCCCACCUUCCCAACCUGCAGCAGCUCUUCCUCACUAACAACUCUCUGAUGGCCGUCUACAGUGGAACCUUCUCUGGUAUGGACCACCUGGAGCUGCUGGACCUUACACACAAUGCCUUCACGACAUUCACUGCUGAUGCUCUACAGGAGCUGGAGAAUCUCGGGAACAUCCGAAUCCUUCUUGGUGACAACCCCUUCACCUGCUCCUGUGAGAUCAGUCAGUUUGUGGCCUGGCUGAAUGAAUCAAGAGCUCAGGUGGAUGUGGAUGCUGUAAGGUGUGCCUCACCAGGAGGGUUAAGUGGCACUCGGCUGCGAGGGCUCGGUGUCCAUGCCACCGGAUGUGUUGUUCCAGUCCAAGCAGAGGUGGCUGACCUCAGCCUGCAGACAUCCUACGUCUUGCUGGGACUGGUGCUCGGCUUAGUGGGCAUGGUCUUUCUCUUUGUGCUCUACCUCAAUCGCAAAGGUAUGACAACAUGGAUCAUUGAAAUGAGAGAUGCAUGUCGGGACGUUCUGGAGGGAUACCACUACCGAUAUGAGAUUGAUUCGAACCCUCAGCUGGGGCACAUCUCUGCAGAUAAUGGUGGCAGUCCGGGCACGACGACAUUCAGGAUUAGCUCCAUCACAGCAGCUGCCAAGUGACACCUGUAUUGUCCAGCUUCCUACAGACACACCGGUCAAACAGCUGACAACCUCUCCAUCUGUGAAGCUAUGUUCUUUUA